AUGACAGUCUCAGCGUCUGACCUUCCUGAAAACAAUACAGCAACCCUAGCCAAAUACGUUGACAUUCCUAUUAUCGAUGCAUUUGUCACAUGUGUUGAGAACAAUACCAACUAUGAAAACAGCAUAAAAGCAAUGCUAAAUGGGAUACUCGCUCAUUACUUUCCUAUUGAUAUGGGCUACGCUGUUGCUCCUAAACAAAACCGAGAUAAUAAACUUUCGCACUUUCUUGUCUGUCGCCUCCGGUGCCGCUUUUCAGAAGAUCGAGGCAUCGUUGACCAUGCAUUGAUCAAAGCAAAAGGUCGCUUAGACACCCUAGAGGAAUCGGUGGAGCAGCUCACGGAGGCACUUGAGAAUUCAAACACCGAUAAUGGCCAAUGUUGGGCAAUACUAGCUAUUGACGCGCACCUUAUAUUCUAUGAAUACUUCAAAGACCUUCCCAAGAACGAGAGUCUCCUACCUUGGUGCCCGCCUGGUCAACCUACCAACAGCUUUCACAUUCGUCAUGACUAUGAGGUCAUUGAUUGGAUGUUCAAUUAUAUGAGACAAAAGGAUGGACCUCAGGCACGAUGA